AUGCCGGUCUCCCAACUCUUGCAAUCCCCUCUCACCGAGGCCGCGCCUGCACCUCCUAUUGUUCGCGGAAGCGCUCCUGUCAUUCCACAAAAUGCAUCCGCCGCUGUCGCUCAAGCACACGCUGGAAGGCGGUCCGCAGUCGCGCAGGCCAGCGCUGGGCAGAACCAGGGUCUCGCUGCGCUCAGCUGGCUGCAGCAAGUUGCUGGCGCCGCCAGCACUGGUCAGCAGCAGGGAAGCGGCUCGCCAAGCUACGGGCUGCAGCAAGGUGCUGGCGCCGCCAGCACUGGUCAGCAGCAGGGAAGCGGCUCGCCAAGCUACGGGCUGCUGCAAGGUGCUGGCGCCGCCAGCACUGGUCAGCAGCAGGGAAGCGGCUCGCCAAGCUACGGGCUGCAGCAAGGUGCUGGCGCCGCCAGCACUGGUCAGCAGCAGGGAAGCGGCUCGCCAAGCUACGGGCUGCAGCAAGGUGCUGGCGCCGCCAGCACUGGUCAGCAGCAGGGAAGCGGCUCGCCAAGCUACGGGCUGCAGCAAGGUGCUGGCGCCGCCAGCACUGGUCAGCAGCAGGGAAGCGGCUCGCCAAGCUACGGGCUGCAGCAAGGUGCUGGCGCCGCCAGCACUGGUCAGCAGCAGGGAAGCGGCUCGCCAAGCUACGGGCUGCAGCAAGGUGCUGGCGCCGCCAGCACUGGUCAGCAGCAGGGAAGCGGCUCGCCAAGCUACGGGCUGCAGCAAGGUGCUGGCGCCGCCAGCACUGGUCAGCAGCAGGGAAGCGGCUCGCCAAGCUACGGGCUGCAGCAAGGUGCUGGCGCCGCCAGCACUGGUCAGCAGCAGGGAAGCGGCUCGCCAAGCUACGGGCUGCAGCAAGGUGCUGGCGCCGCCAGCACUGGUCAGCCGCAGGGAAGCGGCUCGCCAAGCUACGGGCUGCAGCAAGGUGCUGGCGCCGCCAGCACUGGUCAGCAGCAGGGAAGCGGCUCGCCAAGCUACGGGCUGCAGCAAGGUGCUGGCGCCGCCAGCACUGGUCAGCAGCAGGGAAGCGGCUCGCCAAGCUACGGGCUGCAGCAAGGUGUUAAUCAGCCCAUUGCCAAUGUGCCACCAGGCUAUGCUUCAACGUGCGCAGCCAUGCACCACGCCAACGCUUUCGAAGAAGUGGUGCUGGAAGAGGCGUACCACCAUGUUGGAGCGAAUGUACUUGUCCCCAACCCCGUGGAUGAUUGUGCCCCUGGCCACGUUGGUGACCAAAUCGCAGCAGCAGAUGACCAUAUGGCGGAGAUCCGCGAGUUGAAGCGUAAGCUGAAAGAGAAGGAAAACGAGAACCAGCUCCUUCGCCGGCGUUCUCCGGGAUCCUCUAGCGGUGCAUCCGGAAAUGACACCAACCGAGUGGAUAGCAUUGUUCGGACCGAGGCAGCUGCCCCUGGACCAUUAACGAGUGCCCCACACCCCCCCCAGGUAAGCCUAGCCGUGAAUAGCAUGACUUACUAUCAUCUCCAAUAUUAG